CACACACACACACGCAAAAUCGAGAAUCCCGUUCUGACAAAAUUUCAAAUUUUAUGCUUUUGGCAUGGCUCAUCGAAUUAAGCUCCGCUGCGAUGAUUUUGAUGUAAUUGGCGCCGUUCCACGCGACCUCUCCGUGAUCAAGAACUUUCUGAAACGGGACUGCGCCGUUAAGCACCUAAUUGAUAUCGAAGAGGACUUUCUCAGAAAAUGUGCCCAGCAACAGGAGCAGCAGCAGCAUAGCGCCAAUGAUGACACCAUUCGUCAUGCGAAUAAUAAGAAAAAGCAGCAGAAUGGAGCCAAGGAAGCGGAGCAGCCACCACCACCAGAUCCUUGUGCCAGCACCACGCCCCCAGAUGCCAAUGCACCCAACUAUUGUGAUCCCUGUAGACGCCUCAAAACUUCUCUGGUUCUAGAAGAGCUAACAAGACCGGCUAUUACCAAUCCCGUCUACAAUAUGGGAUCACCUCCAUAUUUCGAUGAGGAAACCGUACUGGAUAGCUCCCAACCAAUAAGAUUUCGUUUCCGGCGGAAGGCAAACAAUUGUGAUGCGGAGAGGACCUCCAAAUUGCCAUGCACUCCAACGGAAAACACAAACGUUAUGGUGUUAACCAACAGCAAUGACAUUAUGGUCUGGCCCAGUCAGAAAGUGUCUCAAAUGAAUCGUGUACCAGUUACUCUCUUAUCUGGACCUGGAGACCUCACCGAGUACAUGCUGGAGGAGGAGACAAUUAUGUGAAUGAAGGAAGACUAUCGAACAUUAGUUUUGCAAAAAUACGAGGAAAAAGAACAACUAAAUACAAUCACAGUUAUACAAACUGUACAGCAACUUUAAAUUCUGCGAAGCCAACAAAAAGACUCAAUAAAAUGCAGUCAAACAAAUUACAUGAACAAUAAAACAAUUAGAAGAAAA